AAAAUUUUUAUCAAGAAUAUACUCUCAUAUAUAAAUUGUAAUAUAAAUUAUAAACGUAAGUUCGUAUUUUUAGUAUAGAUACACUUGAAUUGUUAAUAAUUUUAUUCAGAAAUACUAAUGGUACUAGUUUUCUAAUAACCAGUAGAAGAAAGUUGCAUGUGUAUCAAUUAUUAGCAUAUUUAUUUUUUAAAUUUUGAUUGUUUGUCGUUUCCUAGCAAAAAAAUGGGAUAAUAAAAGAAAAAAUUUUCAGCGAUAAUCACUGAUGUAAAAUAUAGGUUAAGUAAAAUGUAAGUUCGUCUUUUAACCUCUCUAAGCACGUUGGCUGUUGAACGAGAAUCUCAGUGUAAAUUUUUUUCUAUGAAUCUUGCAAAUGCAUAAGACACUCGACAGACAGUUUUGCAACAGAUUGAUGAAAAAACAUUCCGAGUUGUCAUUUUAAUAAGCCAAGACGAAUCGUGAGAUUUCUCCUUUACUCAGAUUGAUAUUGCAUAAUAUUUUAAAGUGGAAUGUCUGUCAGUGAUAGUGUCUGUUGCAAUUCAACUUAUAUAUAAAUUUGUGAUCCUUUGAGAGAGAAUUGGCGUAGCUUGACUUCCUGUCAUUUCAAACGCAAAAGCACUACAAAAUGCUGAGACUAUUGAAGUUAUCAAAGAAUUCGCUCUUGAAAGGCACAGCUUUACAGCAACAAAACGUUGCGUAUCGUGCCUUUCGGUCGUCGACCAACGUCGCGUCGAGUGCAUUGCAUUCGAGAAAAGAGGUAACACAGGACGAGCUGGUCAAGUUCAAGAAGGACGAGAUCAUUCACGGGUUCAUAGUCGACGAGGUUUCGAGCGUAGACGAGCUGUUUCUCAUUGCAGUGAGGUUGACGCAUCUGAGCACAGGCGCACAGUAUCUGCAUCUGGCCAGGGAUGAUACCAACAACGUAUUCUCCAUUGGAUUUCGCACAACUCCCAUGGACUCUACGGGACUGCCUCACAUUUUGGAGCACACCACACUGUGCGGCAGCGAAAGGUAUCCCUGCAGGGAUCCAUUCUUCAAGAUGCUGAGACGAUCCCUGGCCACGUUCAUGAACGCCAUGACUGGACCAGACUACACCAUAUAUCCAUUUUCGACGCAGAACUUGAAAGAUUAUCGCAAUCUACAGUCAGUUUACCUAGACUCGGUCUUCAAACCGAAUUUGCGGGAGCUGGACUUUCGGCAGGAGGGAUGGAGACUGGAGCACACGGAUGUCAACGACAAGAGCUCCCCCAUCGUGUUCAAAGGGGUGGUUUUUAACGAGAUGAAGGGGGUCUUCAACGACAACCAGGCCAUCAUGGCGGAACGCUUGUUGAAUUCAAUUCUACCGAGUCAUACUUAUUCCGUGAUUUCCGGUGGUGAUCCCCUUGUUAUACCCAAUCUGCAGUAUGUCGAUCUUCUCAACUUCCACAUGAAGUACUACCAUCCUUCCAAUUCGCGCUUUUAUUCUUAUGGAAAUUUUCCACUGGAGGAUCAUCUGAAAUUCAUCAACGAUCGGUAUCUUUUUCUAUCUGAUAGGACAGAUCCCUCCAUGUCGGAAGUGCCGGCGGAAAAGCGGUGGAGCGAAACUAGAAGGGAGCAUAUCACAUGCAAACCCGAUCCGCUGCUCGCAGAUCCCAACAGACACGGCACCAUCGCUAUCGCGCAUUUAUGCAACGACAUAACUGACAUACAAAAAACUUUCGAAAUGUACGUGCUGUCGCAGCUAUUGCUAAGAGGUCCAAAUUCGGCGUUCUACAAGUCAUUAGUCGAAUCGAAUAUAAGCACCAGCUUCGGACCAUUCACAGGUUUCGAUUCGCAGUGCAGAGAUACGAUGUUCGUAGUGAGUUUGCAAGGAGUGAAGCCGGAGGACUUCGAGAAGGUCGAGAGUAUCUUCGACGAAACCGCGCGAAAAGUUAUCGAGGAAGGAUUCGAGAAAGAUCACAUCGAAGCCGUUCUGCAUGGCAUCGAGCUUCAGGUGAAGCAUCAGACAUCCAACUUUGGAUUGAACCUGCUCUUCAAUCUGACGUCACUGUGGAAUCACAACGGUGACCUGAUACAGGCGUUACGAAUUAAUGACGCAAUGAGGAAACUCAAGUCGCGAAUGAGAGAAGAUCCCAGAUAUCUGCAAAGUUUAAUCGAGACUUAUCUCAGGAACAAUAAUCACAGAUUGAUCUUAACAAUGUCGCCUGAUGAAAAGUAUGAGCAGAACAAAGUGCUCGCCGAACAGGAGUUGCUGAAAACGAAGCUGGAGGAGCUUUCUGCAGAGGAGAGGGAACAAAUAUACAAAAACGGAAAAAUCCUGCUCGCAGAGCAACAGAAGAAGGAGGACGUUGGAGUCUUACCGACGUUGAAGAUAGAGGACUUGAAGGCCGACGUGGAUAGAUACAAGACUACUGACUUGGAGGUAUCCGGUGUGCCUCUGCAGUUAUCCGUGCAACCGACGAAUGGGAUCUCCUAUUACCGUGGGAUACUCAACACGCAGGCACUACCAGUCGAAUUAAAACAACUGAUACCACUGUUCAACUAUGUUGUCGCGAAAAUGGGCACACAGAAUUACGACUAUAGAACUUUCGAUCAGAUGAUGCAACUGAAGACCGGCGGUCUGAGUUUCAUAAAUCACAUUGCCGAACACAAGGAGAGUGAACUGAAGUAUGAAGAGGGGAUUCUCAUAAAUUCGUACUGCUUGAAUCGUAAUUCGAAUGACAUGUGGAAACUGUGGACCGAGCUGUUCAACAACGUUAAGCUAACCGACCUUCAAAGAUUCGAAACGCUUGUGAAGAUGAACGCGGCUGAUUUGAUUAAUGGAAUCUCGCACGCCGGUCACAUGUAUGCGAUGAGCAGCGCCGCUAGCUUGGUCUCCCCGAUAGCCCGAGCUAAGGAAAGCCUUUCAGGACUGCAGUACAUCGCAAGGAUGAAAAAAGUAGCACAGAUACGCGACUUGACUCCCUUGUUGCACAACAUGCAGGAAAUAGCCGAUCACGUCUUGAACAAGAAACACCUACGGUCGGUUAUUAAUUUAUCCGAGGAACACCAGGACGACGUUCUCCAUGGUAUUCACGCGUUCUACGAUUCGCUGAAAGGUCGCACGGAGAAUUCGCAUAUCAUCACCAGUGAUCAGAACGUCGAUACGAAAAAGAGCAGCUAUCACCAUGUGCUGCCAUAUACAGUCAACUAUUGCUCUAAGGCCAUUUUGACCGUUCCGUAUAUGAAUCCGGAUUACGCGGCGUUACGCGUGCUGUCCAAGUUAAUCACCUCCGUGUACCUGCAUCCGGAGAUUCGAGAGAAAGGCGGAGCUUACGGCGGAGGCGCGAAGCUAACGUCAGAGGGAAUUUUUGCCUUUUACUCCUACAGAGAUCCAAAUUCCACUCGUACCUUCGAUCUGUUUGACAAAACAUAUGAUUUUCUAGUCCAAUAUCCAUUACCCCAGAGUGAUGUAGAUGAGGCGAAGCUGGGAAUUUUUCAACAAAUUGACGCUCCUAUUCCUCCUAGUAAUCGAGGUCUAACUAAAUUCAUGAACGGUAUCACAGACGACGAUCUUCAGAGGCAAAGGGAGCAGUUGAAGGCCGUGACUAAGGAGCAACUGUUGCACGUAGCAAAAAAGUAUCUGAAACCGGACCAAAACGAUAUCAGAGUGGGCCGUUCGCUUAUUGGACCUACAAAUAUGGAUAUUUUAAAUAGGCACAAAGAAAAUUGGCUGGUGUUGAAUCAAGAAGAAACGGAUCGAGCACAGGCCACAGACUAAAUAAAAGUCAAAAAUAUUAUUUUUGUUAUUUUCAUAAUGACAAGCGUUUCGUUUUAUGUUAAGCUGUAAAUGUGUCGACGCUGUUAUUAUAUAUUAGAAAUUGAAUAACAACGCGUGUUACUUAACUCCAUGUUAAGUAUUAUAGUUAACUCCAUGUUAAGUAUUAUAGUUAACUCCAUGUUAAGUAUUAUAAUUUAUGAUAUUUUUAUGUAUCAAAUGUAUUCCAGUUAAAGGAAUAAAAAUAAAUAUUUUGUUUAAUUUAUA